GGAGGAGGCGGCACGGCGCUCUUUCUCCGCUCUGCUCCUCGUCUUUGUCUCAGUCUUUGUUCAGCCAUGCCGAGCCUGCUGGUGCUAGCGGGGAUCAUGGAGAAAAGCGGCGGCGGCUACGGCGCGGAUCUGGCCGCCGGUUACGGGAGCGACGCGUCGGCUCUGCUGGUUCCGCCCGACGAAGAGGAGGAGGAGGACGAAUCGCGGCGGGCGCUGCGGGUCGCGCUGGGCCAGCUGUCCCUGCUGGGUCUCGGGGAGGGCGAGGGGGACGGAGGAGCCCCCAACCCCGGGCUCCAGGACCGGAGCAACAACAACAAUAACCUGGCGGGUCUGCUGCUGCCCGGGAAGGGGAAGCUAAGCGCCCUGUACGACAGCCCGCCCUCCCCCGUCGGGGACAGCAACAAGGGACGGGGCUGCAACAUCACGGAAUGCGUGCCGGUGCCCAGCUCUGAACAUGUGGCCGAGAUAGUGGGGCGGCAAGGUUGCAAGAUCAAAGCUCUGCGAGCCAAGACCAACACCUACAUCAAGACGCCGGUGCGCGGCGAGGAGCCCGUGUUCCUCAUCACGGGCCGCAAGGAGGACGUGGCGCUGGCCCGGCGCGAGAUCAUCUCGGCGGCGGAGCACUUCUCCAUGCUGCGCGCCUCCCGCAACAAGCUGGGCAUCUCCUUCAGCGGGUCCCCUCCGGCGCCGCUGCCGGGCCACACCACCAUCCAGGUGAGGGUGCCCUACCGCGUGGUGGGCCUGGUGGUGGGGCCCAAGGGCUCCACCAUCAAGCGCAUCCAGCAGCAGACGUGCACCUACAUCGUGACGCCGAGCCGGGACCGCGACCCCGUGUUCGAGAUCACCGGCUCGCCGGGCAACGCCGAGCGCGCCCGCGAGGAGAUCGAGGCGCACAUCGCCUUCCGCACCGGCGGCCUGCACGACCACAACAACGAGAACGACUGUCUGGGCGGCGGCGGCGGGGGGGACGGGGGCGGCAGCCCCGUGCUGGAGAGCCGGCUGCAGCAGGUGUGGGGGGGGCUGGCGGCCGGGCGGAAGCCCCUCGCCAGCAGCUACCGGCAGAACUUCCCGGACGGCGUGGCGGGCGAGAAGAGCGGCUCCUUUCUCGGGGUCGGGGACGGGGUCCAGAGCUGGGCGGAGCCCGACAAGCAGGUGGCCUUCUUCCCCCAGCAGCGCUCCAAGAGCUUCGGCGGCCUGCCCCCGCUGGCCCGGCUGUCCCCCGGCCUGGGCGCGGGCCACGCCCACGCGCGGCGGGCCCACAGCGAGCCCAACACCACCGGGGGGGGGUUCCCCGGGAGGAUGGUGGCGCCGGACUCCCCGCCGGCCGGCAUGCGGGACUGCAUGACGUGCUUUGAGAGCAAGGUGACGGCGGCGCUGGUGCCCUGCGGCCACAACCUCUUCUGCAUGGAGUGCGCCGUGCGCAUCUGUGAGCGCGGCCAGCCCGAGUGCCCGGUGUGCCACAGCCUGGUGACGCAAGCCAUCCGCAUCUUCUCUUAAAGACACUCACUUCCUGUUUCCUGUUCCGCUCCUCCUCUUCUUCUUCUUCUUCUUCUUCUUCUGGUGCAUCGCCUGCUCAUCCUUCUUUACGUUCUUUUCAAAACUUUUCUUUUCGUUGUUUUUCACUAAAUCUCCAAACGACCAAGCAGAUAUUUUAGAACUGCUUGAUUUACUAAAAACAUAUAAGAAAUAUUUUUUAGUUUUUCUUUUAUAUAUAUAAAUAUGCAUAUAUAUUUUAUAAAGGUUUUGUUUAUACAAGAAGUAUAGUACCUUGCUUUUUCUGUUUUUUAUAACUACUGCUGUUUUCAUUCAGGAAAGUACAGUAGUGUAAUUUUAUUCUUGAAAUAUUUUAUCUUAUCAUCAAGUGGUUUUAUACGAGAGGCAAUGUGUUAUUAGAACCAAUUUAAAAAUACGAUUUAUGGCACCUUAGAAUCAUCUCCAUCUAAAUAGGAUUUUCAAUCAUAUGUUUAAACUUACGAUGGUCAACGUAAGACAUUUAUCGAAAGUUUUCUUUGAAUUAUUUCCAAAUGUACGUUUAUUAUUAGUUUCAAAGUCUGAAGGAUGGUUCGGCCGUAGGACUGUCCUGGCGAUAUUUAUGGUAGGAAACAAGAUAUUUAGGUACUGUUUGACAAAGUGACGUGUGAAGGUUUCACUUUCUUUAGGCAGGAAUUUGUCAAGUCAGUCAAGGAGUCAAACACUUAUCUUGAGUCCUCGUUGGUUCUGAGAGUCUGUAGGACCGAACGCAUAGACGGCGUGGAGCAGGUGUUCUAACUCUACCCCCCCGCCCCCCUGUCCCUCUUCAUAGCGACCCACAAUGCACUGCGUCUGCGCUUGGGGUGUAUUGUUGCAGUGUAUUGUUGGGGGCCAGCCGUGGCGUGGGGCCCAGUAGGGGCCUGCGGGGGCCCGACACGGUCGUCAUGACGAUUAGGGAAAUGGCCCCCGCCAGGUGGGGCCCGUCCCUUGCCCCCUUUUCUCUCGGAACACUCAGCAGACGCCAGACUCAUUCAGUAACGCCACUUUUAUCUUUCAACAUUAAAGAGUCACAGCGUCGGAUCAAACAGAAACAGUUCACGAACCAAACGUAACACCUGUACGCGCGCACACACACACACACACACACACACACACACACACACACACACACACACACACACACACACACACACACACACACACACACACACACACACACACACACACACACACACACACACACACACUGUGUGGCACUAGUGUCCCUAAGAAAAUCAGGGGCCAGCCUUGGGAUUCCUCAAAGAGCUCCGAAAAUUGUAAUUGAAAGGAAAGCAUAGGAUUCCCAUCAAGGCUGAAAGACCUUUCCCAGUCAUACACACAACACAGAUACACACAUACGACAACACACUCUCUGAAAGACAUUUCACAGUCCUACACCCAACACAGAUACGCACAUACUAAAACACACACACUCACGUAAACAUACAGACACGCUUACACAAAUACAUGUCUUAGGUUGUUCUUAUUUUAUGAAUCAUUUUUAUAUAAACAGAUCCAUUUCAAAACUGAGACCUCCGCAUGCAAACAUCAUCGUUACCUAUGCGAUAUAAAUAAACUACAUAUACAAUUGAACAAACAAUACAUAUAAAUUACACAACGACACAUUGCCACGGUAGCUGAACUGUUUCUGCCUUAAUUCUUAGUUUCUCCAAAAAAAAAUAUGAACAUUAUUAAAGAAAGGGUAGCUUCCUACAGCCUUGUGAGUAAAAGAAUGUGAACAAAAUUAAACACUUUACGUGACAUGUAAAGGAAUGCACCUUAUUGAAAGAAUAUAGAUUUCCAUGAAACCAAACUGACCAUCGAUGGUGAAUAUUUUAGCUCCCCUACCUCUUGUGUUACAAUUGUUGUUCCCCGGUGUAGGGCUAGAGGGCGCUGUCUUUGAUCUGACAUCCUAGUGUUUUCCUAAGGCGAGAUAGGUUCCUUAUUGUAAGCAACCGUAAUGGCCACGGGAGGCCCACGAUAGGCAGACUCAUUGUUUCCAUUUAUGUUUUGCAAUGCAUUUCAUAAACACAUCCCCUGAGACACUUGAUAGCAAAAAAAUAUGAGAACAUAGUACUAUGUAAAUGGUUAAUCUUACUCAAAAUAUUUAAAUAAGAAACAUAUUAAAAUAGUCUAUGAAAAGCAAAGAACCCAGUAUAAAGAUACAUGUUGUAUUCCAUUGAACAGCCUGAUGCUCACUACUGACCUCGCGGCCAGUAGCCCAGUGGUAGACUCCUGUGGAGGGUGAAACAGCAAUAAUAUGGUCAGACUCUGCAAAAGAGUACAAUUUGGUCUUACUUUGAAACUAAAAACGACGACAUUGACUGUAUCUUGUUCUCCAGCCUCACAGGGGGGACACACACUUUUGAGUUUUAUACUUUUUGAGGCUGCAUGUCAAUGGAAUAUCGCUCGUUGUGUCCUGAACAUGGGAACCAACCCACUGUCUUUGCGAGUUCCUCCCGCACUGGGGUUCUCUGUGUGAUCCCAGGCGUCGAUGUUCAAUUGCAGGGGUUAUGUUGCCAGGGCUCAAAACAAAGAUUGGACAAAUAUAAAACUUGUUAAUAGAGGAACCUUAGUGAAGAUAUAACUCUAAUCCGGAUGCAGAGGGAUCUAGCCAAUAAGCAACGCAUUCUAGCCCACCAAGUGGUUUGUUUGACGACCGAAAAAUACAGAAUAGAAAUGAAUCUCAGACACAGCCAACUGUUACCCUUUUAGAUGAUUCCCUCCUUGUUAAAUGAGCAAAUUAGAGGAAGCCUUAUUGCAUUAUGAAUCACAUACUUGUGUCUACAAAACUUCUAUUUGCGGUCACAACAUAGGCUGUGAAGGCCCCCGUAGCUGGUGGUUAAAUAGAUCAGCAGCAACAGUCGUUUCCUGGUGGUUCAGUAGAUCGACAGCAACCGUACCGUUUUCUGGUUGUUGAUGAUCUGAGUUUUGGAGUUUGCUCUCCCAUUGGAGAGGCUUCACCUUCUGUUCGGUUCCCUUUCAUUACUUUGUAUUUACUUCAGUAGAAAUAGAAAUGUACGCUCGAGAAAACAUAUCAACUUCUUUCUUUCCUCUUUCUUUUUCUAAAUAUUGACAAUGUUGAGUUUUUUGGGAUUUGAUGGAACUAGACUUCAUGCGAUCAUUUGUUGUUUUUUUAAAAAGAAAAGGUGGAAUGUAACCAAAGAACAAGAAAAACACCUUUCUGAACAGAGGACAUGUGUUUAUUUAUAGUUAAACAAUGCUAUGGCAACCAUGAUUUACUGUAUCGGGAUGUUUGAAAUAAUACUAAUUUAGCACUUAUAAAGACGACGACUUGCUGCCCUGUGAAAGACAAAAUGUAAUGACUUCAUACCAGAACACUCGCUGAGAUGUCGGAGACACAUCUGAUCCAGGGGUGUCCUCUUUAACGCCAGUGUUUGCAGGGGCCUCGUGUUUUCAGGGGUCCCCAAGCCUCCGUGGUUAAUGAGUAUGACUUUGUUUGGGAGACACAACUGCUAUGUUUAAGGCCAUCUCCGGAGGCACUACCGCUAUUCUUAAGUUAAAAAUGCAUGAUAGUAAAACAUAGAAAUGUCAGUUUUAAUACAAAUAAUACCUGUUAGGAAUACAACAACCUGAUCCGUGUGUAUAAAAGCUUUAAGUCCUGAAACUGGAUGAAGGUUGAAAUCUACAUAUUUACCUUGUAGUUUGACUGACUGAUAUUCAAAAGUGAAAUUAUGAUUCUUAUAAACCAUUAAAGUAUAAGGUUCAUUUAUUCAACUCCCCUAGUAUAAGACCCACUUCCAUAUAGAGACCUUGGGAGAGCACAGUAUGGUUCAUUCAUUUCAUCUUAGUGUUAUUUACAACGUUGUAUUAAGAUUACAUGAAUAGUAAUGAUAGAAACUGUUGGUGUUUUUCUUCUCUUUAUAGAAAAAGCUCGUUAUGCAUUUAUGUAAAAUCCCUUCGUAAGCAGUGAUAGGAAUCCCUAAUUCAAUCAAUGCACUUAAGCAAUUUGACCGAGCGUCGAAAUCCUUGCAUUUGAAUGUAAAGAGAUCUCUGCUUCACGCACUUCUUCUGCUUUUUGUUACAUUAUCAGUGAGCUUUAACGUGAUUGUUUUGUUUAUUUAAUUAUUUUUUUAUUGUUGAUGAAUUGAAGUUGAAGAAUUUUGAGGUUUUAGCAUAUAUUUCAGUUCUUCCACGUACAUUUAUAGAUAACUGAAACUAAUAAAAAAAAAAGAACAUAUUACAGUUUUUUCAAAUCUAUUUUGCUAACAUGGGUUAUGGUUUCAUAGAAAGCAGAGGAAAAGUCAGUAUCUGGAUGUUAUUUAUGAAAACAAAACAUAUUUAUGAGUAAUCUUGAGACAUUUGUUUUUUAAUUAAAAGUACAAGAAGUUAAUAUAUUUCUAAACACAGGAAGGCCAGUUUCUACUUAUAAAUAUGAAAAGUUUAGAAGUUUUUUAUUUAUGAAAGUUUCCCAUCUACAUGAGAUAAAUAAAGUUAAGUGAUGUGGCGUCUCCACAACUUCAUACAAGCAUUCUGUCGAAUACCGGCGCACUUGAAAUGGUGUUAAGGACAGAAAAUCAUAGGAUGGUUUUUAGGAUUGGAUUUAUUUUGUGCCUGGAUAUGCAUUUUUCCUGCUUCAGUAGAUCGGAUUUGCUGUUGCCCCCCCAUGUUACCAACCCUUUGCUCUUAAUCUGAACUGACUUCGACUUUUCUUUUAGAACAACAUGUUCACAUGUGGAGAGAUCUCACUCAGUCUUAGAAUAGCAACAAGAGUGGAACGAGCUUCAAGCGGAGGAUCCAAGCCUUAAUAAGAAAGCUUCCCGCUCCGGUGAUAACACACACGAUGGCGACACACCGCACUGUUUAGUUAGUCUACAACUACACUCAGAUACACCUCUUCAGUCAUAGCCGUACUAGUUUGCAUGCAUGUUGUCUGGUCAUGUAGAAAGGGGCAACUAGGCUUGGUGUUGUGGGUUUGACAACGCCGGGUCUUUUGGACCUCUGUAGGUUUCCGUAGUUUAAUCCUCUUUGGACCCCAAGUGGGAGCCCCCCCCCCCCCACCCACGACAGCCUCUUGGCCUGGUUAUACCUGCAGGCCCUGGUGUAGUUCCACCUCCAGAUCCUGGUUUGGUCUACCAGCACUGAGGGUGGGUUUGCACUACCAGUAUCCCCCCGACGGACACCAGUGGUAAUAAUAAAAGGGUGAUGCGAUUCGGAGGCUCCCGUCUUGCCAAGAGGCCAACCCAGUAGGACUUCAUAUUCUCUGAUAGUGGUCUGGUAGUGGUCUGGUAGUGUUGUUAGUGUGAUAGUUUCUGCUCUGUGGUUACGGUUAGGAUGGAAACAUGUUCCCAGUCCCUCCAGGGCAGCUACUCAUAGCACAUGGUUUCUGUGAAUUACAUUUUUCUGGAACAUUUUUAUUAUUAAUGAUUAUUAUUGUAACUGCGCCAUAUUAGUUUGUUUUAUUUGUUAUUUUUCGAAGAUUCAAGAUGUAUUGUAAAUGUUUCUAAUAAAACUACAUUCGAAUAAUCCGAUGUAUUUUUUU